AUGGGAUUUCUUAAUAUUUUGCAAUGUAUUCUUUGCUGUGAAGAAGACGAAAAGCUUGUGAUUGAAAGGAAUCGGUAUGGAUAUUUUGAAAUUGUUGACCGUGAUGAUUUCGUUUCUUACAUUUGUUCUAAACUCCAGUGGAUUAGAUUCCGACCAACCACCACCACCAAUGCAGCAAGAUUUCACUACGAAAAUAAUCAACUUUCGUCGAAUGCUUCAUCCAUUCUGUCCCGAGAUACCACUUUCAAAAGUUCAAUUCCAGUUAAGUCACCUGGAAUUGUUGAGUACAAUUAUAGGUCGAUAGAGUCUGGAAAGAAUAGUAUUGAUCAUUCGAAUGUAAUUAAGAGAGAUCAUAAUCCCGAGAAAAAGGUAGACAAGCCCUUUAAAUUUCGUGAUCAGAAUUUGAAAGAUUCUUCUUCUUCGUCCUCGACAUCAUCAUUCGUGAAAACAGUUCAAACUCCACCUUUCAAUCCUCUGAAGCCAAUUGAAGAGGUUCAAAAGAGAAAGGGAUUAGCCGCCCAGAAUGUAAAUUCAGCUUCUUCUCAAGAAUCUCGGUCUUCCUUUAAAUUCCCCGUCACAUUGCAUUCAGUCAAGUCACCAUCACUAUCAUCAUCAUCUUCUUCUUUGUUAGAAAACUUAAAAGGUUUGGCUCCAGUCACUUCAACACCAUCAUCCGUGAAAGCAGUUUCAACACGACCUUUGGAACCGCAGAAAUCAAUUGAUGGCUGUCAGAAGGGAAAGGGAUUACUCGAGAAUGUAUCUUCAGCCACUUCGCGAGAAUCUCAGUCCUCCUUUAAAUCACUUGUUGCAUCACAUUUGUCUAAGUCAUCAUCGGCAUCAUCUUUGUUAGAGAGAUCUCCUUCACCAAAACCACGUCCACUAUCCACAAAACCAACCUUGUUGCAGACCUCGUCUUCGACAUAUCAGCAGGGAACAACUAAUUAUAUAUUGGUUGAGGGUUCAACUACCUAUGUUUUUCCAGAGGACAUCAAAAGUUCAAUUGAGAAAGAAAUUGUUCCGGGAGUGCUCAAGCAGCCUCUGUCUAUGUCGACGUACAAAAAUUACUUCCAUGCUCUACUUUAUGCCGAGGAUUGUUACCUCAAGAAAUGGGAUGGGUUUGAGAUGAAGAAUGUAAAUCUGGAGUUGCACAAUGCUGAAAUUCUUGUCAAGGUCGGUUAUCUCUCAAGAUAUAAGCGUAAGGGAAAAGAUAAAAAAAUAUUUGUAGCAUUUGAGGUUGGAAAAAACCGGCCAUUCCUGUUAUCUAGAGAUUUUAUCUCAGUAAAGCCUUCAAAUGAGAAAGGCAAAGAAUUUCAGGGUAUUUUCUAUCGUCUGGUGGGGAAAAAUCUGCUCUUGGCUGAAUUUGGUGAUGAUUUUCACUCUCAUCAUCGACCAGACUGCAAAUAUGAUGUCAAAUUUUCAUUCAAUAGAGUUUGUUUAAAGCGGGCACACCAUGCAAUCGAAGUUGCUUCAGGAGCCUUAGUUAGAAACUUCCUCUUCCCCGAGUUCAUACCAGAAAGUAAUGUUACCUCCAUGGAACUGUUUAUUGACCCCAAACUCGAUAAGCAGCAAAUUUCUUCUCUUCAACACAUCUUAAGCCUCAAUGGCUCGCCUCCUUACCUCAUUGAGGGACCGAUGUCUGCAACUGAAACAUGUACAUUGUCGAAACCUGGACUACUAAUUGCGGAAGCAGUUGCCCAAAUCUGUCGAAGCUCCCCAUCAAAUCGAAUUCUUAUAUGUGCACCAUUAAACCAAACAUGUGAUGUGCUAAUGAGAGGCCUCCAACAGCGGAUUCCGAGUUCUGAUAUGUUUCGAGCCAAUGCAGCAUUUCGAGAGUUGGAUGGAGUACCCUUAGAUAUCCUUCAGUCCUGCUCAUACGAGGAAGAGGUCGAGUGCUUUUUAUGUCCACGUCUUGAUGAACUCGAAAAAUUCCAGGUAAUCCUAACCACUUUCAUUAGUAGCUUUCGACUGUAUGCUGAAGGACUGAAGACUGGACACUUUAGUCAUAUUUUUCUGGUAGACGCCUCAUCGGCCACAGAACCCGAGGCUAUGGUGCCUCUGGCUAACUUUGCAAACGAUAGCACAGUUGUUGUAAUAACUGGUACUCCAAAGAGGAAUUCGGGUUGGAUUCGCUCUCCUAUUGCAAGAAAUAAUGGAUUGAAGAUUUCCUACUUUGAGAGACUCAGAGACGGCAAGCUUUACCGAGGCCUUGAUCCAAAGGUUAUGACAUUUCUGUCUGCGAGAUCUGAUGAUACAUUUGGAUCAUUUAACUGA